AUGGGCAGCAAACAGUCCGUGUUCACACACGACCAGCUGGAAGCCUACCAGGACUGCACCUUCUUCACGAGGAAGGAGAUCAUGAGGCUGUUCUACCGCUACCAGGAUCUGGCCCCCCAGCUCGUGCCCCUGGACUACACCAGCUGCCCUGACGUGAAGGUGCCCUUUGAGCUCAUUAUCAGCAUGCCCGAGCUUAAGGACAACCCCUUCCGCCAGAGGAUCGCCAUGGUCUUCUCGGAGGAUGGCGAUGGCCACAUGAGCCUGGACAACUUCCUGGACAUGUUCUCAGUCAUGAGUGAGAUGGCCCCGCGCGACCUCAAGGCCCACUAUGCCUUCAGGAUCUAUGAUUUCAACGACGACGGCUACAUCUGCGCGGGGGACCUGGAGCGGACGGUGGGCCGGCUCACCCGCGGGGAGCUGAGCCCCGAGGAGGUGAGCCUGGUGUGCGAGAAGGUGCUGGACGAGGCCGACGGCGACCACGACGGGCGCCUGUCGCUGGAGGACUUCCAGAACAUGAUUCUGCGAGCGCCCGACUUUCUCAGCACCUUCCACAUCCGGAUCUGA